UGUAAAUUGAAGGGUAUUUUAAAACAAAUUAGAUGAACAUUUUGGGACAAAAAUUAUGCCAAAAGGAUUAAUCUUUUAAAUACAGAUGGGGUAUAUAUUUAAGGUAAUACUAAUGCAUUGACACUUGUGCCAUAUUUGAUUUAUCAAAUUAUUUAGAAACAGAUGAAAUAAUAAAUUAAUAGUGAUACUGAACGAAACCUAACUACUGCCAAAGAGAACAAUCAAUAAAUUUUAAGGCUAUAUUAUAAGGUUAAUUAAGGAUUAAAUCACUAACAUAUCUCUCUCUACUUUAUCCUUAGUUGGCUCAUAAUUGAUAUUUGUUUUGUUAGAUAAUCGAAAAUAGCUUACUCAGAUCUGCAUCAGCCUAAUCCAAAUGUCAUUAAUGUUACCAAAAUAAACAUCACACUAUAUGAGUCCCAGGAACACUUCCACAUUCAAGCAUCACCAACUUUAACUUUGGUCCACAAUUCUCCCCCUCCAGAAUUUGGUGGUAAGAUAUUGCUUUGUUAAGUUGCCUGAUGGGAUUGGAUUGUUGCACCAUUGUAAGAAAAGAAGGGAUAGGGUUAUGGAAUCACAAUUGGAACUAGUAAUUAAACAAUCUGUUGAUGCCCAUUACUCAAAUUGGGUUUAUGAAGCUUUAGAUGAAUUGCCCUGUAAUUUUACUUUAACUGAUCCUUGUAUUUCUGGGAACCCUAUUGUGUUUGCAAGCUGGGGGUUUUUAGAGAUGUUUGGAUAUUCUAGAGAUGAGGUGAUUGGGAGAAAUGGGAGAAUGUUUCAAGGGAAAGGGACUAAUAGGGGGACAGUGAUGGAAAUUCGAGAGGCGAUUCGAGAAGAACGAGCAAUUCAAGUUAGUUUGUUGAAUUAUCAUAAAAAUGGGACACCCUUUUGGAUUUUGUUUUGUAUGAGUCCAGUUUUUAGUGGGGAGGAUGGAAGGGUAAUCCAUUUUGUUGCUGUUCAAGUCCCAAUUUCGAGGAAGUCAUUGCGUUCGGGGAGUGGACAUGGUAGGAGUGAUUUUUGCUUAUGUGAAGAUGGGGUUAAGUCACGUGAAUUUUUGCUCGGGUCUUGUAGGAGAGAGGUGUGCUCGGAUUCUGUGUCUGAAUUGAGUCAUAGCGCCACAUUUGAUUCAUUUUUUGACUUGGAUGUAGGAAUAGAGGUUGAGGAAUUUUGUGAAGCAAGUGAGCUUGAUAAGCAAAAAGCUACUACGUCUAUUAGCAAUAUUUUGUCUGUGCUAACUCAGUACAGUGCAUUACGGGGCAAAUCUAUUUCUGAGAAGAGCUGCAGUGUGGAGGGGAAGAACAUUUUAAAUUCUGCCUUACUAACAUCUCUUGGCUGUGAUAGACGUGAAGUGUUGGGCCGCAAGCAUAGAUUCUUAAGUGGCUCUGAUACGGAUCCAUCCACCUUGUUGCAAAUAUAUGAGUGCAUUCAAAAUGGCAAGCCAUGCACAGCCCGAAUCCUAGAUUGUAGAAAAGACACGACUCCAUUCUGGAAUCUACUUCAUUUAUCACCUGUACGAAAUGCUUCUGGAAAGGUAGCAUACUUUGUCGAGGUUCAUAUGGAAGAUUGUAUAAAUCAAGAUGGACAAACAUUGAUCCCAAAAUUGAGGCAUCUUGGUGCUAUAGCUGCAGUUAAAGUCACUGUAAGGAGUGCAACUAUGGGUCUUGGUUCUUCUAGACGAUAGGAGCGAUCAUCCUGCAUUUUGGCACGCAAUUUAGUGCUCAAAAUUUUGCCUCUGCAAUAUUGUAGUCUAAUGUAUCUUAGUCGAAUUCUCUGUAAUAUCCAUCGACAUUGCAUUACAGGAAUGCAGCCUAAGAGACACUACCAUAUUUUUGAUUUAUCCUUAUGAAUUGUACAAAUAUUAUUUAAUAUAAGAAUUGAGAUUACAAUAUGCAUACCACAUAUAUAGUUUUACCUCUUA